UCGAACCCACUUAGUUUCCGUCUCAAAAUGGGUCAUAAAGUGAAGGAACUUGGGGAGAGAUUAGAUGAGAUUGCAGCUAAAAAGUAGAAAUAUCAUCUUACAAAGCUAGUUGACUAUCGAUUAGCUGGUUGAAUAAAGAGGGAAAUGACCGAUUCUCUGUUGCUUACAUCAAAUGUUAUUGGAAGAGAGAGUGAUCAGGAAAUAGUAGUCAACAAGUUUCUCUUAGAUCCGAUUGUGGGUGGAGAUAUCUCUGUGAUUCCUAUAGUUGGAGUAGGAGGCCUAGGGAAGACAACACUUGCCAAACUGCUAUACAAUGACCAGAGAGUAGACAAACAUUUUGAUCUCAAGAUGUGGGUGUGCGUAUCUGAAAGUUUUGACAAGAAACAAAUCAUGGUAAGCAUGCUCAAGUCAUUAGCUCUUCAAAAUCGUGGAGACUUGGAUCCUGACCAAUUGCAAAAGCUAAUUCAAGAAGAGCUGAAUCGAAAGACAGUCUUGCUUGUUUUGGAUGACGUGUGGAGUGAUGAUCGCGGGAAAUGGAUUGAAUUCCAGGAUUUAUUGGAGAGAGGUGUUGUUGGAAGUAAAGUCAUAGUCACUACUCGUAGUGCCUCAGUUGCAACGACUGUUCGAACUGUCUCCUCAUAUGAGUUGAAGGGUCUUUCUCAUGAACAAUGUUUGUCUUUAUUUAAGAAAUUGGCAUUUAGAGAAGGAGAAGAGGAUUUAUAUCCACAUCUCAAGGAGAUAGGAGGUGAUAUUUUGAAGAAAUGUGGAGGGCUUCCUUUAGCUGUGAAGACACUGGGGACCCUUUUAUAUUCCAAAAGCGACGAACGUUAUUGGAAAUUCAUAAGAGAUAAUGAGAUAUGGAAGCUGGAGCAGAAGGAAAAUGACAUUUUACCUGCUUUAAGGUUAAGUUAUGAUCAAAUGCCAUCUCAUUUGAAUUCAUGUUUCAGUAUUUUAUCUAUUUUUCCUAAGGAUAAUGAUUUCACCAGCGUUUCAUUGGGUCAAGUUUGGAUUCAUGGGCUUCUUCAAUCCUCAAAUGAACAUCAAGACAUAGAAGAUACUCGAUUGCAGUAUAUGAAGGAGUUGUAUUCGAGAUCAUUCCUGCAAGACUUCGAAGAUUAUGGUGGUGUUUUUACAUUUAAAAUGCAUGACUUGGUGCAUGAUCUUGCAUUGUCAGUGGCACAAAACGAGUGCUUUGUUGUGAAGACUCAUACCAAUAAUAUAGCUGAUGGGAUUCGACAUCUGUCAUUGUUCGACAAGGCAUUAUUAGAACAAGAAGUUCCGGGUUUUUUAAGAAAGGAAAACAAUCUCCGAACUAUAAUUUUCCCUACUGCAUUGCAAGGCCCUGCUUGUGAAUCUUUUGUCAAUACAUGUAUCUCUACAUGUACAUAUUUGACGAUGUUAGAUUUGAGAGAGUCAUCUUUUGAGGUACUGCCAACUUCCAUUGGUGAUUUGAAGCAUUUGAGACAUCUCAACUUAAGUGGUAAUAGUAGAGUUAGGAGAUUGCCUGAUUCUAUUUUGAAGCUACACAAUUUGGAAACUUUGUUACUUAGUAAUUGUUCAGGACUUGAAGAGUUGGCAAGAGGCCUAAGGAACCUGAUUACGUUGAGAGUUUUGAUAAUAACGGUAAAACAGAAGUAUUUACCAGAAGAUGAAAUAGGGUGCUUAACGUCUCUUCAGCUUUUGUCUAUUGGAGCUUGCACCAAUCUUGAAUUUUCGAUGGAAGGAAUCCAACCUGUAACAUCCUUGCGUUUCUUGGAGAUUUGGGACUGCAAAAAUUUAAUUUCCUUGCCUUGGAAUUUGAAAUACUUAACUCGAUUGGAGUUUUUAAUGAUCAGCAAUUGCGUUCAGCUUGAUUUGAUGACAGAAGAUGAGAACCAAGACGUCAAGGUGAGUCUUCAAUUUUUGAGGCUUCAAUCAGUACCACUGCUCGUGACCUUGCCCCAAUGGCUUAAAAAAUAUUUCAACACUCUACAAAGCCUCUCAAUUGAUACUUGUGAAAACUUUUCCACAUUUCCGGAAUGGUUCCAAGACUUCACUUCUCUUAAAAAGAUUUUGAUCAGUGAUUGUCCAAAGUUGUUGUCACUGUCGGAGGGGAUGCAUCGUCUACCUGCCUUAAAGGAAUUGAGAAUAAGAGGAUGUCCAACGCUGCGUAAAAGAUGCAAGAAGCUUGUAGGUGAGGAUUGGCAUAAGAUAGCUCAUGUUCCAAAUAUUGAUAUUGAUGAUGACAAAGUUGAAGAUGAAGAUGAGGCAUUAUCAACUGCUUAGGGUACUGAAAUAAAUCCAUUCAACUGGCGAACGGAAAUGAUCUCGCAUUAUCUACAAAUUCUGCCAAUGCUUGCAAACAGUGUUUACAGGCUGAGAUUGAGCGUCGUCAUGGUGUCAUUCUUGGGCUAGAGCUUUGUGUAUGAACAUCUAUUUUAUUUUAAAUCGAGAUCUUAGGCUGAGGUUGUGUAUGUGUUCAUUUGUUGAGCAGUAACUGAUUGCAACCAUGGAAAGAUCAUUUUCUUUUAGG